AACUGCAGCCAAGAAGGAAGUAACUGAUGGCGGAAGGGCCUGCGCCGCGUGAAUCUGCUCCCUCAGAAGGAUGUUUGAAUGUCAAGCAGUUAGGCUGUACUCUGGGUACCCUUGACCUGGAGUACAGUUGGGAACAGCUGUCGGAACUGGAAAAACACUUCAAGAUGGAGCCACACCCGGACCUCGAAGCUCAAAGGGUCCUGGCCAUGAGACUCAGCCUGACGGAGGAACAAGUUAAGACUUGGUUCACCCAGCGAUCCAUGAAGCCUGAGAAGGGCCUUUUCUCUGCUUGGCUACUAUGGAAGCCUGUCCGCCGCCAUAACCCUUAUUCCUGUGCUUCCAACAAAGCUGGGGGCUGCCUGUCACCAAGCUGUCAGUGCAGGCCCGUCAAUUCCCGGGAGCGAUUUAGACAGAAUUUUCAGAGGUACCUGAAGCUCAUGCAGUCGUACCACACCCGCAGAAGGCAGCUAAGGCAAGGUUUGUACAAGUCACGGGAGAGCGCUUGGUGCAGAAUGUUACCUCGCACAGUGAAGCCUCACAUCAGCCAUGCAUCCUGUCAAGGCAAGGAGUCUUCCCAAAACAGCGCCGGGCUCCCCGAAACUUUGGAAGCCUUGAAGAAGCUCAGACUGUCUUCUGGGUACCCAAACACAGAUGAUUUCUGA